AUGGGUCGACCACGGAUCCAGUUUUCGCCGUUCAGGUACCCGAGUUCGCGGCGAGCCGAGCACAGCAGUCCUACAACAUCAUCACGCACGCCUGACACCGGCAACUCGCCAGCCAGCACCGCGUCGUUUGCCGUUUCGAAGGUGCCUUUGAAAACCAAGGGAAACGGGCCUUUGCACGCAGGCACUCCGGUGCGCAAAGAGCCCGUUGUGGAUCUGGACGACGACGUCCAGCUGGACGGUGUUGACAGUGACGCGGGCAGCUACAACUACAACGACUACAAUUCGAGCGUCAUGUCUCCUAUCAAGCUUCCUGGGAGUCCGUUACACGAAGACGAGGGUAUAAAGGGUCUGGGCCAGCAGGAGGCGCCGAUCGUAGACAUCAGCAGCGAGUUUGAAGAUUCUGAGGAUGAAAGAGACAAGGAACAGGGCGAAAGUUUGAUGGUGGAGCAGUCUGUGCGGGACGAGGUGGACGCAGAGGCGACGAUUCUCCGCGUGGCGGAUUUCGUCGAGCGCAGGCGCCGCGAAAAAACAGAGCCUCGGGGCAGGAGGGAGGUCCAAGAGACAGCAAUAGAAAAGUCUCCAGAGCGUGGUUUAGCAAGGAGUAUUGAGCACAGCCCUGUGCAUAAUCCGGAACGGACUACAGAAGACAGUCCAGACUCAAGUCCACGCAGCCCGGAACAUAGCCCGCUCAAUUCAGACACUGAUCUGAGACAUGCCACACGCUGGAGCAGAGCUCAAUGGACGCGUCUUUCACGGUACCUUCGACUGUACCGUGCUACAAAAGACAAACGGAUGCUUGCUCCCGAAAAACUGGAACGCGAGUUCCACUGUCCGCCGGAGGAGGUUGUAGCGCGCAGCGAGAUUCUUGCGCGGUUCGUCAAGGUGCGUCGAAUCACACGCAAGCAACUGUGA